CCUCCCCACGCUAGCCACGUCCUACACGGGCCCUGCCCCUCCACUGUUGUGUGGUCCCCGCUCUCCGCUCACCCUCUCUCAGUGCGGCCCCACGCUGGCCCGCCCCUCCGCAGACGUCCGGUCCCCUCUCUUCCUCCCCAGGCCACGCCCUUCGCGUAAUUUCUUUCUAACCCGGAAGCGGAUUUCCGGAAGAGCAGGUAUCGCUCGUGAGGAGGUGAGACUUGGCUCUGUGAUGGAAAGGCAAAGCACUUGGGAUGUUAAUGGAUGGAAGGGAGCCUGGGAAGCUCAGAGACUGGAGAAAAGGAAAAGCCUGCACAUCCUUCCUUGGUGGUCCUGUGUUCAGCAUACGCUACAAGAGUGCAAGGAGUGUGACUUGAAUGGGACACAAAGACUCACAUUCCCACGGCUACCACGUGGCGUGUGGGCUUCACCAGGAUUCAGGGUAUUGUGAAGCACACGCUUUGCCUCCUGUUGCUUGGACUAUAUGAGUGAAAACCCAGAAGACAGAAUGGAAUCACAAGAAUCAGUGACCUUUGAGGAUGUAGCUGUAGACUUUACCCAGGAAGAGUGGACCCUACUGGACUGGUCCCAGAGAAAACUCUUCAGAGAUGUGAUGCUGGAGAACAUAAGUCACCUAGUCUCAGUUGGCAAACAACUCUACAAAUUAGAUACAAUUUUCCACUUGGAACAAGGAGAGCAACUUUCCACAGAAGGGAUAGGUUUGCUGCAAUGCCAGAGUCUAGGUAGGGAAGAUGAUCUUAAAAAACAAGAAAUAAUAUUCAUGCAACAUAUCUACAAGAAGGACACGACAUUAAUCAGUGCAAUGAAAUCUCACACCCAAGAAGAUCCUUUUGAAUGCAAUGAUUUGGGAGAAAAUUUUACUGAAAUAUUAACGUGGACUCAAUAUGUGGUACCUAAAAUGGGAAAGAAUCCCUAUAUCGGCAACAAAUGUGGACAAGACAGCAGUUAUUUGACAUCCAUUAAUAUACAUAAGCAGAGUCAUGCUACAAGUAAACCAUAUGAAUGUCAUCAAGGUGGGAAUGCCUUUAUUCAAAGCUCUGCCCUUAGACAACCCAAUAAUACUCAAAAUGGAGAGAAAACAUUUGAAUGUCAUGAAUGUGGGAAAGCUUUUGGAAAAAGUUCUAACCUUAGGCGACAUGAGCUGAUUCACACUGGAGUGAAACCACAUGGAUGUCAUCUAUGUGGGAAGGCCUUCACUCAUUGUUCUGACCUUAGAAAACAUGAGAGAAUUCACACUGGAGAGAAAUCAUAUGGAUGUCAUCUGUGUGGGAAAGCCUUCAGUAAGAGUUAUAACCUUAGGCGACAUGAGAUGAUUCACACUAGAAAAAAACCUCAUGAAUGUCAUCUAUGUGGGAAAGCCUUCACUCAUUGUUCUGACCUUAACAAACAUGAAAGAACUCACUUUGGAGAGAAACCAUAUGGAUGCCAUCUAUGUGGGAAGACAUUCAGUAAAACAUCUUACCUUAGACAACAUGAGCGAACUCAUAAUGGACAGAAACCGUAUGAAUGUCACCUCUGUGGGAAGGCAUUCACUCAUUGUUCUCACCUUAGAAAACACGAGAGAACUCACACUGGAGAGAAACCAUAUGAAUGUCAUCUAUGUGGGAAAGCCUUCACUGAAUCUUCUGUCCUUAGACGACAUGAGAGAACCCACACUGGAGAGAAACCGUAUGAAUGUCAUCUGUGUUGGAAAGCCUUCACUGACUCAUCUGUCCUUAAACGACACGAGAGAACUCACACUGGGGAGAAACCAUAUGAAUGUCACCUAUGUGGGAAAGCUUUCAAUCACUCUUCUGUCCUUAGACGACAUGAGAGAACUCACACUGGUGAGAAACCAUACGAAUGCAAUGUAUGUGGGAAAGCCUUCAAUAGAAGCUAUAACUUUAGACUGCAUAAGAGAAUCCACACUGGAGAAAAACCAUAUAAAUGUUAUGUAUGUGGGAAAGCCUUCAGUAAAUAUUUUAACCUUAGACAACACGAGAAAACACAUGUAAAGGUAAUAAAUGCAGAAGAUUCACCACCUAUAGCUUCAAACUAUAAACACACUUGAGGGCCCAAACACCUAAGAAACACUUUGUAGUACGUAUGGGAGAGCCUUUAUUCAUCCUUAUGACUUCACUCAACUGAAGUUAAUCCAAAAUGGGAGAGAAUCCAUAUAUGGGCCAUCUGUAUGACAAAGCCUUUAGAUAAUGGACUGACCUGGGAGUCAAUAUAUGACCUGGGAGAAUGUAAAUGAAGUGAGUGUGGAAGAAUUUUCAUCCACAGUUCUGUUAAAGUGGAGAAGUCACAUGUCAGAGAUAAAUCUGUCAGUAAUCAAUGUAGACAUACUUUUCAUUUAUCCUUUAAAUAAAUUGCACAGGAAAGAUUCUAGAUCAGUAAUCACUUUGUACUCAUUCAAUUGAGCAACACACUUGCAUGCAGAAGAAAACUCAGUGAUGUGUAUCUGCUAAACCAAGAAAUAAGUGGGAAAGAAUCAUUACUGGGAAGACGAGAAUUUUGUUGCCAAAGGGUUUUGUUCAGUGAGAACUAGGACAUGAAAGUGGCUGAAGACAUUUUGGAGUAUCCUAUUUCCUGAGUGCCUCAUAUACUUAAAAUAAUUUCUGUAGUGACAAAAAACACUGGCAAAGCUGAAAGCAGAAGCAAAGACAAUCUGACCUUGCCUAUAUCCCCAUCACAACAGCUACAAAUCCACAAAUCACCAAGAAUGAGACCUGGGAGUCCCAGCACCUCCCACAUGCAAAUGCAGAAAGCUAGGAAAGUAGUUGGUGCUUCUCUACUGCCAGGAUAACAAGAGAAGGUCAAGUCAUUAGUACUCAUUUGAACAUGAUUAGUAAUCCUGCUUCACAAGUAGCAAAAAAGAGAAUGUAGAUGCUUAUUAUUAAUUUAUAAUAUUAUUAUGAGGGAGUAUGCAAUGCCCUUUUCAAUCCCCCACUUUAUUUCUGUUCUUUGGUUUGAAUAUUAUAUAUUAUUGUUGUGUCCUCAAACUGACUUUUGUUUUCAGUGUGUAAAGUCUAUUACAUUAAUAGAUUAAUUAAUUAAUGUCGGAGGACAUACUUUCUGAAACCUAGAACUACUAAAUUUCUCCAUCUUUUCAUGUUUCUUAUAACUUUUUAGUGUAAUAUAAAAUUUUCCUAACUCCAGUCUCAA